AUGGCCGCCGCGCUGACCGACAUGGCCGACCUGGAGGAGCUGUCUCGUCUCAGCCCCCCGGGGCCCGGCGCCGCCGCCCGGGGACGGGGGGACGACGAGGAGGACGAGGGCGGCGGCGACGACGAGGCCCUCCUGGCGGCGGCGUUGGAGGAGGAGGAGGAGGAGGAGGAGGAGGAGGAGCGAGCAGGACCGGCCGCCAAAGGAGCGGCGGCAGCAGCAGCAGCAGCAGCAGCAAGAGGAGGAGGAGGAGGAGGAGACGUGGGCGUCCGUCGCGGCAGCCUGGAGAUGUCGUCCUCCGACGGGGAGCCCCUCAGCCGCAUGGACUCCGAGGACAGCAUCAGCAGCACGAUCCCGGACGCGGACAGCACCAUCUCCAGCGGGCGGUCGACGCCGGCGAUGAUGAACGGGCAGGGGAGCCUGGCGGUGGCGGCGGCCAACAAGAGCGUGGCCUACGGCUGCUGCUGGGAUCGCUGCCAGGCCCGCUUCGACUCCAGCCCCGACCUGGCCGACCACAUCCGCGCCAUACACGUAGAUGGUCAGCGAGGAGGGGUGUUCGUCUGCUUGUGGAAAGGCUGUAAAGUGUACAACACUCCCUCCACCAGUCAGAGUUGGUUGCAGAGGCAUAUGCUGACGCACAGCGGAGACAAGCCUUUCAAGUGCGUCGUGGGAGGGUGCAACGCCAGCUUCGCGUCGCAGGGCGGUCUGGCCCGCCACGUGCCCACGCACUUCAGCCAGCAGAACUCUUCGAAGGUGUCCAGCCAGCCCAAGGCCAAAGAGGAGUCGCCCUCCAAAGCCGGCAUCAACAAGAGGAGGAAAUUGAAGAACAAGCGGCGACGCUCAUUACCUCGGCCCCACGACUUCUUCGACGCCCAGACGCUGGAUGCCAUCCGCCACCGAGCCAUCUGCUUCAACCUCUCCGCUCACAUCGAGAGCCUAGGAAAGGGUCACAGCGUCGUGUUCCACAGCACCGUAAUAGCCAAGAGAAAAGAAGAGUCUGGGAAAAUCAAACUUCUCCUUCACUGGAUGCCAGAAGACAUUCUGCCUGACGUAUGGGUUAAUGAGAGUGAGCGGCAUCAGCUAAAAACUAAAGUAGUUCAUUUAUCAAAGCUCCCAAAAGACACCGCCUUGCUUCUGGACCCCAACAUCUACAGAACCAUGCCACAGAAGAGGUUGAAGAGGUAAAAGAAGAACAACUACAACCCAAGCCAGGAAGCGGGGAAGACUUGGGACCCCGGUGACUGACAAGGGUGUCGGACUCAAGUUGCACAUCGGUCUCUGCCCCCUUGGACUCUUCCUCCUCCUCCUCCUUCCCCCCUCACCCCCGCGCCGCCAGUCCUUAGAUCGUAUUUAUGUUUAGCGUCAGUGCUCCGUGAAGGAAAUCGAGGCAUCGGUGAGAUAGGCGGAUAUGCCACUGUAGUACCCACCCCUUCGUGGAAUGAGAUAGCGGGAGACCGGGGAAAGACCCUUUGCCGGCAACCGGUCCGGGAGGAAAAGGGCUCUUCGGGCUCACCGCUUUAAGCCGCCCCUCCCCUAGAGCGUCUACUACGGUAUUUCCUUUCGGACGGAAAGGACGGAUGGUCACCCCCCAACCCCCCGCUCAGAGACGAGAAGCCAACGAACCCACCCCGUCGCGGAGGGGAGGUCUUCGGCCCCGACGGUGCCCGUCCGCGGCCCUCGGGGGUCGAAAGCGCGCCCCGGGGAGGGUCGCGUCACUCAUGGCUCCGAUUGACGGACGGGGUCCGUUGCCACGUCUGCCUCUCCUGUAUCUUGCAGCACUCCGAUAACCGUGCCGGGGACGGGGGGGGGGUGGGUAUCUGAGUAAACUCCCGAGCGUCGGGUAAUCGCAGUCAGUCCCGUUGCAACAUCUGAAGAGUUGGCAGAGUGCCUAUCCAGUCACCGUCUGGGGGACCCGAGGUGUACUCGCGGAGUCGAAUAUGUUUUAAUACUGACUUUUCUAACGGAUCUGUUAACGGUUUUUGAAAAACCUCUAUUUCCAGCCAUUUGAUUGCUUCGGAUAUUUUAUUUUCAUUUAUAAAGCCUAGAAGAUGAAUUUUCUUUUUUGGCGGAAGAGAGAUCGAUUGGUUUCGUUUCUAAAUUUAGUCUCUCGAGCUAAGAAAAUUGUAUUUUAUUUUUUUAAAAAAAAAGAUUCCGGAAAACAAAUCCUUUAUGCACCAAAGUUGGUUUUUGAAAAGGAGAAUGAAAUCAUUUUCUUGCUUUGGUAAGCAAGAAGCCAUAUGGAAUAAUUAUUAUUUUUUUUUUAAAUUACAGAAUAGAAAUUUGUGUAGCUCGUUAGUCUUGUACGGAGACAGAAACGUUGCAUAGAGAUAAUAGACCAUUGCUUGUAAAUAAUCCAGCAGAUUUGUAAUAUAUUUUUAUAUUAUGAAAUGUUACUGUAGAUGUUUUUCUAGAGGCAUGAAAGGUAAAAAUGUAUAUAUUAUGGUAGAAAUAAUAUUGAAGGAUAUUGUAAUUCCCUAGUGCUGCCAGAGGGCUUGUUAAUAAAGCACCUUCCUUAACAAUAAAUGUCUUUUUGCAGACUUAAAGGACUAUGUACUACUACUGUUAAUGUCUGGCAUAAGAACAAAACACAUCGAACAUCCUUCCGGGCGUAGAAUUUAGGGCACUCGUUUUCUGACGGCGACUGUGAGAUCAGUGAACUCGGUCACCGACUGUCGGAAGGACCGACUGAUGGUAAAGUACGUGGUUUUUAUGCAGUCAAACUGCCAAGAGAUCUUCCCGAAAUGAAGAUAGUUUCCCCUGAGCGGCUCUGAACGGACAGGCCGGCGGGUUUUUGGGGUGGGUUUUUUUGUUUGUUUGUUGUUGUUCCUUUGUUUAGUUUUUGUUUGGUUUUUUUUCCCCCCUCUGUUUGUGUUUUUUGGUCAUAUUUUUUUCUGACAAGGGAUUUUUUUUUCCCAAACCCGGCAAAUUUAGGGGUAGUCCUUUGGACCCAAGAUGGAAGGGGGUGGGAUUCGAGAGAGAUUUCACCCACGUGCCGGUGACCCAGGGGAACCUGCGGGGUUCCGGAGGGUUAGGGAUCCGUGAAAACGUGAGACUUUGGGAUCAUGGAAUGAAAUGAAGUGCAAAUAAGAAGCACCACUAAUGUAAGACGUUCUGCAACGGUUGUUCGAUAAGGGUAUUAUUCAUGCGCGCUGUAGCGAUGUGACUUUUUAUUUAAAAAAGAAAGUGUUUUUCUUUUAUAUUUUGGGGUUUUUUUCUUUUGCUUGAGCACUUCAUCUACUGCUUUAUUCUAUACCUAUAAAGUAACCUGCAAUCUCCUUUGUUCUUAUUUUGAAUUUAUGAAAUUGCCAAAUAGAAGUGUUUCAGAUAUAUAUAUAUAGUUUGUAUCUGUAUUUUUUAUUUUAUUGCUUCAUGUCCUUGUAAGUCAUUCAUAAUUGACAGAUGAUUGUAGACCUUGCCUGAGUAUUUUUUCUAAUAAAAGAAAAGCAAAUCACGUUUAGCUUCAA